AUGGAACCGCAUGAAGAUAAGAAAACUCUAGUUACUGGUGGUGCAUGGGACAGUAGACAUCCCACGUUUUCCACAGAGGUACGAUCGCUCUUUAGAAGGUCUUUUUUAAGCAAAAUUAGGGAUAAAGGUGUUAUUGCUUCCGAAAUCAUUGCAACUGUUAUCAUUUGCAUUCUUGCUGUAUUCUGGAACUUCGCCGAUAACCCUCAUGAUCCAAUUACAACGACAGAUUUUUAA